GGCUCCAGCAGAUCAUGUGAUAACUCAAGAUGGCGGCGCCCAUUGAGGCGGAGGAGGGGGUAGAAUUUUACUUGGUAGUGAGCGGUAUUCCUUCGGAGUUACGUUCAGCCCACCUACGAAGCUACUUUAGCCAGUUUCGGGAACAGCGCGGUGGAGGCUUCCUUUGUUUCCACUAUCGGCAUCGGCCUGAGCGGGCCACUUCUCAGGCUGCUCCCGACUCUGCCCUAGCUCCCAUCGAUCCUGCAGCUGAGGGCCAGGAUCUCGCUCAGACUUCAACAGCCAGUGCCCGUGCUCAGUCUUUCCGGGACUCAUCUCCUGCCCAGACCCGCACCUGCUGCUGCGUCAUUUCGGUACGGGGGGCGGCUCAGGCCCAGAGACUUCUUCGCAUGUACUCAGGCCGUCAGUGGCUGGAUUCUCAAGGAACUUUGCUGCCUGGUCGCUGUUUGAUCCGUAGACUUAGGCUACCUACCGAGACAUCAGGUUUGGGCUCUUUUCCAUUCAGGACCCGGAAGGAGCUGCAGAGUUGGAAGGCCAAGAAUGAAGUUUUCACCCUAGCUGACCUGAAACAACUGCCAGAGCUCAACCCACCAGCGCUGAUGCCCAAUGGGAAUGUGGGGACUCCCCUGCAGGUCUUUUUGGAGUUCAUUCGGGCCUGCCGUCUGCCCCCCCGGAUCAUCACCCAGUUGCAGCUCCAGUUCCCCAAGACAGGUUCCUCUCGGCGUUAUGGCAAUGUGCCUUUCCAGUAUGAGGACUCAGAGACUGUGGAGCAAGAAGAGCUUGUGUACACUGCUGAAGGCGAGGAAAUACCCCAGGGAGCUUGCCUCAUAGAUACACCAGCUAGCCCUUGUGGAGAGCCACAGGAAGAAGGGCAAAAGGAGGAGGAAGAGUCGCACUCAGAUGAUGACGAUGACCGGUGUGAGGAGUGGGAGCGGCAUGAAGCGCUGCAUGAAGAUGUGACCAGACAGGAGCGUACAACGGAGAGGCUCUUUGAGGAGGAGAUUGAGCUCAAGUGGGAGAAGGGUGGCUCUGGCCUGGUGUUCUACACAGAUGCUCAAUUUUGGCAGGAGGAGGAAGGAGACUUUGAUGAACAGACAGCCGAUGACUGGGACGUGGACAUGAGUGUGUACUACGACAGAGAUGGUGGAGACAAAGAUGCCCGAGACUCUGUCCAAAUGCGUCUGGAACAGAGAUUACGAGACGGCCAGGAACACGGUUCCGUAGUUGAGUGCCAGGUGGGCACCUUUGAGCGUCACACCAAGGGCAUUGGGCGGAAGGUGAUGGAACGGCAGGGAUGGGCAGAGGGCCAGGGCCUGGGCAGCAGAUGCUCAGGGGUGCCUGAGGCCUUGGAUAGUGACGGCCAGCAUCCCAGAUGCAAGCGUGGAUUAGGGUACCAUGGAGAGAAGCUACAGCCAUUUGGGCAAAUGAAGCGGCCCCGUGGAACCGGUUUAGGACUCAUCUCCACUAUCUAUGAUGAGCCCCUGCCCCAGGACCAGCAGGAGUCACUGCUCCGCCGCCAGCCACCCACAGGCAUGAAGUUUCGGACAGAUAUGGCCUUUGUGAGGGGCUCCAGCUGUGCCUUGGACAGUGUCUCAGAGCCUGAGUAA